CGAACAAACAAGCUUACGGCAGGUAUCAACGCGUCAACAAAGACAUUUCAUUGAUAACUUUUUUACGAGACACAAAUAAAAUGUUGCAAGAAGAUUCUGUGCGAAAUCUACAGUACGAUAGUGAUAUACGUGUUGCACAACCGACGCGAAUUGAUCCGAUUAUCUAUACGGAGAGUACAACCAUCACAUCGCCACAAUCACAGCCAAACGACAGCAGAAAACCGCUUCCAGUCUCAACGGUUCAAUUCGGCGACCCAAGGAUACCAGGAGCACCAUCUUUUUUACCUUCGUCGGGACUUGACUUUUUAUAUGGCGUUCCGUCCAUUCAUAUCGAGCAAACGUAUGAGUUACACGAAUAUAGCGGAUCGUCGUCGGAAAAUCGAUAUACUGUACGGGGCCCCACCAAUGAAACAAUAUUUGCUGCUUCAGAGAGCUCAAAGCCUAGAGACAGACUACUGUUUGGUGCGUUAAGACCAUUUUCAAUGCACCUCAUCGACAAAACACACCAAGAAGCCUUAUCGUUCCGUCGAAAGUUAGCCUUCGGUUUGUUAUGCUGUCAACCACAGUCCAUCGAAAUAUGGGCCCCACCAGGCGAUCUAUUGGGUCGGGUCAAAGAAACGUUUUCAUUGUUCAACGCUGAGUUUGUGAUCGAAGACUCACACGGAAAUAUCAUCUACCAAAUAGAAGGACCUCCCAAGCUGCUGUGCUUUUGCCAAGUGCAAGAGUUACAUCUGAAAGUGUUGAGUCCCGAUUUCGUGUCGCAACAGGGCUCGAUUACGAGGAUCUGGAACACAGACAUCUCGUCAUUUACGCAAAAUGUUUAUUUUGCUGACAUGAAUUUGGAUGUUAAAUUCAAAGCUUUGUUUUUAGGAGCUGCCGUUUUGAUGGUAUUGCUUCUUACUGCAAGGUUUUCUACGACUUUUUCUUACAUUUUCAUUUUCUUUUUGUUAUAGGAUUACAUGUUCUUUCAAUCAAAGUGUUCGUGUUGCUGAGAGAGACUACGUCUGGUUUAGGUUUAGGUCUUAUAUAGGGUUGCUCAGAUUACAGUGAGAUUAAACCCAAAAUUUAUAAUUCGUAGUACAGGGCCUACCGAAACUUGCCGAAAUUUACCGAAUAUUUACGAAACAUAAAUUCGGUAAAAUUUGGGAAAAAUUAAGUAAAUGAAUGUACCAAUAAUAGGCCCUGUCGUAAUAGGAAGAUUGCGACCUUUAUUUGUAAUUUAUAAGUUGAAAACUAUAAGCACUUUCGGUUUACAAAAUGUAUGAAGAGUACACUUAUGAAUUACAAGUGAAAAUCACAAUCCCAACAAAAAUCUCUUCGAGAAAAGUGUGACGCAGUCUUUGAAAUACAA